GAGAGAAGCGGAGAGAAAGAACGAGAACCGUGCUGUGGAAAAGCAGGUGUGAUUCAUGAAUAAACUAUAGUUUGCAACCCUAUGGGAUACUGAUGAAACAAAUAGAAUUUUCACAGACAUGGAUAAUACAAGAACACAAGACACUUUUUCACAGUUAAGCCAGGAAAAAAUCCUCAAAAUUAUGAACAUGGUGAAAAAUAAAGAAGUGAGCAUUGAAGGAGCUUUGCACUUGGCACAGAAAGAGGUGUAUGCUGAAAAGGAUCCACAGGAUUUGCUAACUGGGUCACAGUUUAACUUCAGUAUCUACAAAUAUAAACGCUAUCGGUGGCAGAAACGAAUUUUGCAGAUUGAUUUCAACACAAAGACCAUUUUUAACAUUGAGAAAGGAAUUAUUAAGAAACAGUUCCCUUUCUCACAAGUCAAAGCCUGUGAAGAUACUGAAAGGAGGCGCUUCAGCAUUGUGUUUCAUGGGCGACAAGAUUAUGAGCUGGAAGCAGUGUCUCUUGAUGAUAAAAGGAAGAUAAUGUACCUUCUGAGCAAAGUUAUACAGAGCAAUUCAUACAAGAGACCAGCAGAGUCCUGCUCUGGAAGACCUGCAGAAUGUGAUGUGAUACAUGAAGGACUGCUGGAUUUGCAGCAAAACACUUUUACAUCCACUGAAUGGGUGAAGUACUUGGUACAACUACGUGAAGGAGAAUUGACUUUAUAUUGCAUAGGUCUGGGAGGAAAGAACAAGACUGCAGACCCUGUAACAAACACAAUUAAUUUGUCAGGUGGUAAUGUGAGUGUCAGCAAGGAGAAUGGAUGCAGUACCUUCUCAGUUCAGACCAAAGAACACAGUUAUUUGUUUCGAAUACCCUUUACUGUCCAUAAGAACAGUACAGGGGAUUUUAGCAAGCUCCGGAAUGAAUGGGUGUCCCUCAUAGAAAGGUACUGUCAGCUGUGCAAGGGUGUCUCCCUGUCUCAGGAGGAAUCUCAAGGAUGCUCCUCCUCCGAAGCAGAUUAUGAGGAUUUUCCUGUACCUCUGAAUGAACAGAAAGAGGAGACACUCCACUUUGGUGUGAGUUCUGCAACAACCAGUCUGAAGAAAUCUUCAAGCCCCCAGCCUGCAGAGGACGAUGCAGCCCCAGCAUCACCAUCCCUUCCACUUCCCAUAAGAAAGGCAGAGGUACCACCAGCCCCCCCUGCAUUGCCGCCGCCCUGCAGCCUCUCUCCAUCGACAAAGAGAACCAAAGCCUUUCACUGGGAUGUUGUUCCUUGUGAUAAGAUUCAGAAAUCUGUCUGGGGAUCAUGUGACCCAUGCAAGAAAAAAAUAGAUGUAUCCAGACUCUGCGACCAGUUUCAGUUCCAGGACGUGGCAGUAUUUUCAGGCAAUGAACCUUCAGUGAAUCAGCACAUCAUGUUAGAUCAAAAAAUUGCGCAUAACUUCAAUAUUUUUCUUAGAAGUUUCCGUAUAAAACCAAGUGAGCUGAAAGAAAAACUAUACAUUAUACAUGAAGAGAGUGGUGGACUUACAGAUGAGCAGAUUACAGCACUCAGAAGAUACAUACCAACACCAAAAGACACAGAAAGGUACCAGUCAUUCAAGGGGUCUCCUUCAGAGCUGCAUGUGGUUGAUCAGUUUAUGUUAGAGAUGUGUAAAAUUCCCCACUUAAGCCAGAGGCUGGAUCUCCUGCUUACUGUACGUGAGCUCCCCGUGAGCAUGAGAGAUUUGGAGCCUCUAAUAAUCCAGCAAAUCCAAGCAAGUAAGCAGCUGCAAUCCAGCCAGAAGUUUGUUGCUGUCUUGGAGUACAUUUUAGCCAUUGGGAACCAUUUAAAUGAAAAGGCUGGAAAAGAGAAGGCUAAAGGAUUUCGAUUGUUGUCUUUGACCAAAUUGCCUCUGUUGCGGGGUAAGGAAAGGACGUUCACCUUGCUUCACGCCCUUGUGGAACAGAUCUUCUUACAUGAGCCUGAUUUGGCUAAAUUUUCUCAGGAGUUGACAGAAUUUGAAGCUGUUCCUGAUGCUUCCAUAAAGGGCCUCAGUGCUGAAGUUGAUGUUUUAAAAAAAGAAUUGGAAAAUGUUAUUCAGUGCAGGCGGCUUAUUAAACCCAAGACAAUCAAAGCAACACCCCAGGAGUCACAGUUCUGCAAGGAACUAAAGGAUUUAAUUCAGAAAUAUGAAGGGGAUCUAUCCCAGCUGUCAAAAAGAUGUGAUGAAAUGAAGAAGCUUUAUAGCAACAUACUGGUAAAAUUUGGGGAGCCGCAAGAUGUAGACUCUCAGGAACUAUUUGGAUGGAUAUCUUCAUUCAUUAGUGAGUUUAGGAAAGCCUGCGCUGAAGUCAUGCCAUAA